AUGGUGACUGUCUAUCCUGCAGGAGUAAAUGCAAGCUGGCAGGGCCCGUCAUAUGCUAUCGAAGGGGUCGAUGGUGCAGCUUUCACCACUGACCUGAUCGAGCUUAUCAAAGAGAGCUACUGCAUCGACGAGAAGCGCGUUUACGCCACAGGGCACUCCAACGGCGGUGGCUUCGUAGGGCUUUUGGCUUGUUCUGCCGAUCAUGGUGGGCAAUUUGCGGCAUUUGCUGGAGUCGCAUCUGCGCUCUACACUGAUCUCUCUGGGGACGAAACUUGCAGCCCUUCGCGUUCACCUCUGCCUAUGUUAGAGUCUCAUGGUACUGCUGACACUACCAUCCCAUACAACGGAGGAGAUGGAGUUGGUGGAAAGCUUCCGGCCAUACCGGAUUGGCUCUCUCGCUGGGGUACCAGAAACAAGUGCACAGAUUCUGAGACUAUCGAUAAAGGCAAUGGGCUGACUGAACAGCGCUGGACAUGUGAUGGCACGGAGGGGUUGCAACGGCAUUUCAAAAUGGAAGGACAAAGUCACGAAUAUCCCGGCCAAGCCAAUCCUCAAAUUUGGAUAUCGCCAGAGAUUAUCGGGUUCUUCAACGCCCAUAGUCGACCUUGA